AUCUGGUCGUCAAGGUGGUGGACAACCAGAAGAAAAGGAGCUGGGUGUCCUACGAGAUCCCCAUCAAGUACCUGCGCAUCUUCCACCCCUACCACUUUGAGCUGGUGAAGCCCUCUCAGUCUGGGAAGAGCAACGGAGACGCUGACAGGACGCGCCUCUACGCCACCGUGGUGCGGAAGAGCAGCUUUCUUCCUCGCUACAUCGGCUCUGACCACACGGCCCUGGAGGUCUUUCUCCAGGGCGUCAAUGAGCCUCUCGCCAACAACCCUGGCCCGCUGGUGGCGGGCCGCGUGGUGCCCAACUACAAUGAGUUCAAGACCAGCCAGGCGAGCCGCGACGGCACCUCCGCCUCCACGGGGGUCCCCGUCACCUCCCUCUCCUUCCCCAUCUCCUCCGUGAUGGCCUUCGACGUGCCUCGGGCCAGCCAGCACGGGUGCCCCCAGCUGUCCGGCCGGGGGGCCCCGGCGCAGCCCGUGUGGAACCAGUCCUUCCUCUUCCCCGGCCGCGACGGGGCCACCAGCUUCUCGGAGGACGCGGCGCUGGUGCUCGAGUACCACAGCUCCGCCUCCCUGAAGGGCAGCGCGCCCACGGGCCCUCGCCCGACCCUGGGCGUCUCGGUGCUGCCGCUGAAGAGCCGCCUGUACCGCAAGAUGCUGACCGGGAGAGGCCCGAGCGGGCUGCACGUGGAGCGGCUCCCGGUCACCGACACCCACCUGAAAACCAUCUGCGGCGAAGCCCCCACCGUGGGAUUAUCCUUCCAGCUGAUCUCCUCCGAGAGGCCAGAAACCUUCCUGACGCCGACCGUGGCCAAGCACCUGCCCAUCUUGGACCCGAAGAUCCUGGAUGAGAAGCUCGGCUCCAUCCGCGAGUCCUGGUCCAAGGCCGCGGCCAACGCCGCCCUCGCGUCGCCGUCCCGGGGGUCGGAGGAGGAGCCCCAGGUGCUGGAGCUGUCCCACGAGGCGGAGGUGAACAACUACCGGCGGGCCAUGCAGAAGAUGGCGGAGGACAUCCUGUCGCUGCGGCGGCAGGUCAGCGCGCUGGAGGGCGAGAACCGCACGCUGCGGGCCACGUGGCGCCGCCCGGGGGAGGAGGAGGCGGAGGCGGAGGCCGGCCAGGAGGAGGCCCAGGCGCUGGCGUCCCUGAAGCAGAAGUUGCUCCUGAGCGAGCUGGACCUGAGGAAGCUGAGGGACAAGGUGCAGCACUUACAGAACGAGCUGAUCCGGAAGAAUGACCGCGAGAAGGAGCUGCUGCACCUGUACCAGGCCCAGCAGCCGCAGGCCGCGCUGCUCCGGCGCUACCAGGACAAGCUGCAGAAGAUGCGGGGCCUGGAGGACACCGUGCGGCACCAGGAGAAGGUGAUCGAGAGGAUGGAGCAGGUGCUGGAGGACCGGCUGCAGGAGAGGAGCAAGCCCACGCCCGCACCCCCCCCCCCCGGCAUCCCCCCUCCCCCGCAGCCUUCCCUCGCUCCCCGCCUACGGCCACCUGCCCGCCGCGGCGAGAACCUGCCCGCCGACCUCUACUCCCUGCUGCUGGCUGAGAACUCCCGGCUGCGGGCAGAGCUGGACAAGAGCCGGCCCCAGGUGGCGCCCAUCAUCCUGCAGCAGCAGGCCCUACCGGACCUCCUGGGCAGCAGCUCUUCAGACAAGUUUAACCUGCUGGCCAAGCUGGAGCGGGCGCAGAACCGGAUCUCGGCCCUGGAGAACCUGCUGGAGGACUCGGCGCGCCGCUGGGGGCGGGAGAAGCAGAGCCUCGCCACGCGGCUGCAGGAGCAGGCGCACGGCUUCCGGAACCCUUCCAGCCUGGUCCUCGCGGACGCCUCUGACGUCUUCGUCUCCCCCACGGACCCCAAGCGGCCCCCAAAGCCGGAGCCCCAGCAGCCGGGCCGGCCCGACGGCUCCCAGAAGGCGGCGGCCGACGCCCCCCCCAGCUGA